AUGAGUACAUCAGGUAUUCCAGUUAAAUUGCUUAAUGAGGCUCAAGGCCAUACGGUGUCUCUAGAGUUAACUACUGGUGAGACCUACAGAGGUAAAUUGGUUGAAAGUGAGGAUAACAUGAACUGUCAGUUACGAGAUGUGACAGCAACCGCUAGAAAUGGGCAAGUGACGCAUAUGGACCAUGUAUUUAUAAGAGGCUCGCAUGUAAGGUUUUUUGUUGUUCCAGAUAUGUUUAAGAAUGCGCCGCUAUUUAAUACUGGCCCAGUUUACAAACCUCCACCCCCAGUACGUGGGCCGAAGAGAAAAUAG